UUUUGGUCCUGCACGCGACCCUUACUAAAGCGUCACGACUCACGAGUUACAGGAAUGAUGGUCAUGGGGAACUAAAGAGGAAAAUGGCUCGAGUUUGCCGUUUAUUACAAUUCAUGAAGUGACACAGCAACCGUCGGAGGUACCGGGGGAGCCGCCAUGGCGAACAUCACAAAGAAAGUGUCGUGGUCGAGCCGAGCAGACGAGUCCGGUGCCGCUGGCGAAGCGACGCCGCUGCUAAACGGCUCCGACAAGCGUCAACACUCCAGAGAGCUGUCUGGAGGAGGCGCUGUAUUUCAAAUAGGCAGACUCAGCAAUGUGGAUUUGGAAGAAGAGAUCACAUCAGAUGAGGGGUCCCAUCGGGACCGUCCCAAAGAAAUCCCUCACAAUGAGAAGCUGCUAUCACUCAAAUAUGAGAGUCUUGACUACGAUAACAUCGAGAACCAGCUGUUUUUGGAGGAGGAGAGGCGUAUGAGUUACCUGGGUUUUCGCUGUUUGGAGAUCAGUCGUUGGGUGGUCUGCGGUCUGAUCGGCUUUCUGACAGGCCUCAUUGCCUGUUUCAUUGACAUUGUCGUAGAGCAGCUGGCUGGAAUCAAAUACCAAGUUGUUAAAGAAAAUAUAGAGAGGUUUACAGAAGUGGGCGGACUGUCUCUCUCUCUCAUCCUUUGGGCUGUCCUAAACUCAGUCUUUGUCAUGGUGGGAGCAAUCAUAGUUGCCUUUUUUGAGCCUAUAGCAGCUGGAAGUGGUAUUCCACAAAUAAAGUGUUACCUGAACGGAGUCAAGGUUCCGAGAGUGGUUCGUCUCAAGACUCUGGUGGUGAAAGUGUGUGGUGUUAUUUGCUCAGUUGUGGGUGGACUUGCUGUUGGAAAGGAAGGUCCAAUGAUCCACUCUGGUGCAGUUGUAGCUGCAGGAGUCUCCCAGGGCCGCAGCACCUCUUUAAAAAAAGACUUCAAGAUAUUUGAAUACUUCCGCAGAGACACAGAAAAACGAGACUUUGUUUCUGCUGGAGCUGCUGCUGGAGUCUCGGCUGCUUUUGGAGCACCAGUUGGUGGGGUUCUCUUCUCUCUUGAAGAAGGAGCUUCUUUCUGGAACCAGAUGCUCACUUGGAGGAUAUUCUUUGCAUCCAUGAUCUCCACCUUCACCCUAAACUUCUUCCUCAGCAUCUACCACAACAACCCAGGUGAUCUUUCCAAUCCUGGUCUCAUCAACUUUGGACGAUUUGAAAAUGAUAGCGUGGCCUAUUACCUCUAUGAAAUUCCCUUGUUCAUCGCCAUGGGUGCUAUAGGUGGACUUCUGGGAGCUCUGUUCAACAUUCUCAACUACUGGCUGACCAUCUUCAGGAUAAGGUACGUCCAUCGGCCUUGUCUGCAAGUGAUGGAGGCUAUGUUGGUCGCUGCUGUGACCGCGACAGUGUCAUUCACAAUGAUUUACUUCUCCAACGAUUGUCAGCCUCUCGGCCCUGAGCACACUGAGGAGUACCCUCUGCAGCUGUUCUGUGCAGAUGGGGAGUAUAACUCCAUGGCAACAGCCUUCUUCAACACUCCAGAGAGAAGUGUCCGUAGCCUUUUCCACAACCAGCCAGGAUCCUACAAUCCAUUGACGCUAGGCUUGUUCACCCUCACAUACUUCUUCCUGGCCUGUUGGACGUACGGCCUCACUGUGUCCGCUGGAGUCUUCAUCCCGUCUCUGCUUAUCGGGGCAGCCUGGGGAAGACUGUGCGGAAUUAUGCUGUCUGCCAUUUCAGCCACUGGAUCGAUCUGGGCUGAUCCUGGUAAAUAUGCCUUGAUUGGAGCUGCAGCUCAGUUAGGCGGCAUUGUGAGGAUGACUCUCAGUUUGACCGUCAUCAUGGUGGAGGCCACAGGAAACGUCACAUACGGCCUUCCCAUCAUGCUAGUCUUGAUGACGGCCAAGAUCGUAGGAGACUACUUUGUGGAGGGCCUGUAUGACAUCCACAUUAAGCUGCAGAGCAUUCCUUUCCUUCACUGGGAGGCUCCUGCCACUUCACACUGGCUAACAGCUAGAGAAGUCAUGAGUUCUCCUGUCACCUGUUUGAACAAGGUAGAGAAGGUGGGAACCAUUGUUGACAUCCUUAGCAACACAUCGACCAAUCACAAUGGUUUCCCUGUGGUGGUGGUGCAAGGUGAUUCCGGUGAAGAGCCAGCAAAGCUCUGCGGACUCAUCCUUCGCUCACAACUCAUCGUUCUCCUCAAGCACAAGGUGUUUGUGGAGCUGGCUCGUUCACGGCUGACCCAGAGGAAGCUCCUGCUGAAGGACUUCAGGGACGCCUACCCGCGCUUCCCCCCCAUCCAAAGCAUUCACGUCUCCCAGGAUGAGCGAGAGUGUAUGAUGGACCUCUCUGAGUUCAUGAACCCAACACCCUACACUGUUCCACAGGAAACAUCUCUUCCUCGUGUGUUUAAACUAGUCAGAGCGCUGGGCCUCAGGCACCUGGUUGUGGUGGAUGAUGAGAACAGGGUGGUUGGACUGGUGACCAGGAAAGACUUGGCCAGAUAUCACCUGGGCAAACAUGGACUGGAAGAGCUUCAACUGGCCCAGACAUAGUGUGCACGCACGCACGCACGCACACACACACACACACACACACACACACACACACACAACCACACACACACACAGUGCCAUAAAGCAUUCCCGUAGCCCAACUAUGACAAGUGCCUAAUGUGAUGGUCAACGAGGAUUACCAUGACAACCAAACACAUCUACAAGCAAGGGCUUGAUCACCAAAGAGCCCCGUGUGUCUUCCCUGCACUCUGAGUGAAAAUCAUACAGUAACUCCUUCUGCACAUGCACAUGCUUUGUUGUUGUCAUCAGUCUCAAACAGCCUCACACUCCCUCGGUUGCAUCUUCUGUUUCGGUCCAAGCUGUUCAAUAUCGUUAGCAUUUGUUUUCACCCCAUACAGAUGAAAAAUCCUCAUCAUAUUUCCAUAUCUUGACAGUUGGUAAAUCUGUAGCGAAGUGAUGAUGACAAAGUGGUUGUAAUGCAGACUAAAUACAGUUUGAAUAAUUUAUACAAAUGCUUAUGUGCACUACAUUCAUUUUAGAUGUUGAAAUUGGACAGUAAUAUGGUACUGAAAGGACAUACAAUAGUUGUUCAUUUCAUUUUUUGCGCAAUUCACUAUGUUCUGUUGUUUUGCACUGAAAUAAUUCUGUUAUUUAUUUCUUGUUUUAGUUUUGUGCCUAAACGAGAGAUGUAACCUAAAUCUCUGUAAUGUGUGUUUUUAAAGAAAAGUAUAGAAACUUGUGAUUUGCCCUUUUCUGCCUGGUUUGUGAUGCAAUCUUAGCUAGAGAUCAGGUAUGCCCUCCCUCAAUCUUUAUGCCUCAAUCUUUCUGAUUUCCAGGUAACACUGUCUGGGGGGAAGGGAAACAAAAUCACCUUUACACUUGAUUAUACAUUUUUAACACCAACAGAUAUCUGUACUGUGGCUACUACUGAAAAGAUGUGUGGCACAGGAAGCCCAAUAUAAAUGUAAGCUUAGUUUAUUACAUAAGCAAUCCUUGUCUAUUGAUACCAUGCAGAAUGCAAAUAUUCAUCUUAAUUUGUAAUAUUUACCCUUGUUAGUAAAUAUUGUCUCAGUCAUCACUGUUACCUUUAUUUUUAUGCUUUCUGUCACUUUUGAGUUGUACAGUUCUCCAUGUUCAAAAUAAAGCCCAUGUUCUAUUUUAUAACUACUGGAUUAGACUUUGUGAAAUAAAAUAAAUGCUAUAUUGUAAGUGA